AUGUUCAAAGAAGAACAAGAUCGGAUAUUAGAUGGCCGCUUGGAUAUCUGGUGCCUCAGCGUCGUUGCUGUGAAUCCAGCGUAUCAGCGUCAGGGUAUCGGCUCUAUGCUAAUGCGAUGGGCAUGCGAUGAAGCUGAUAAAAAUGGGAGAGAUGGUUAUUUGCUAGCGUCACCGGCUGGGGUUAAAUUAUACGAAACAUUCGGCUUCAAGAAAGUAGGGGAGGUGAGGACAGCGAAAGGGUCGCUUCACUCGAUGUUCAGGAAGACACAAAACUGA